AUGGUGAUAUUUUGGAAAACAAAAUUGAACACGGUAAAGGCGAAUUCUAAGGCGACAGAUCUCGAUUCUCCGCCGCCGGCGGAGUGGCCUCACGCUCACCGUCGAGAACUCUCCCUCCCCACUGCUUACUGUCUUAACUCAAUGGCGGAACCUCUUGCAGAUCCCCCUCCUCCUCCUGUUCCUCCAGAUCUACUCUUCUUGUUCGGAUCUUCAGAUCCACCUCCUCAUCGGGAGUCCCCCUCUAUUGUCUCGGAUUCUGGAUUGAGCUCUCCCAGUCCUAUCCUCUCCUCUCCCCAAGUUCCCCAAAAUCCAGUCCUCUCUGCCGGCCAGCCGACUCAGACUCCGUGGGCAGCUCUUUUCAAACCGGUUUCUCAGAAUUUGGUUAAGAUAGCUUCUCCAUCCUUCGAUGAAGAUGGGACUCCGACGGUCAAGGCCCCAGAUUCUAUUACGCUGGGUUCAUCCCAAGUUUGGAAAAAUCAUUUGGCAGCCUAUUUUCAUGGAACCCCUCCGUCUCCAGCCAAGAUCUUUUCGGAUUUAAAUCCAAUCUGGGGAAUUAAAGGCAGAAUUUCUGUGAAGAAGCAGUCCUCUCGAGUUUGUUUCAUCCAUAUUCCUUGUGAGGAAACCAGGAAAUGGGUGCUAGAUGUUGGUUUUUGGUAUUCAGGGAAUUGCUCCUUUACAGUGGUUCCAUGGUCAGCGUCUGCUAAGCUCGCUCCGAUGAAGUUAGUUCACGCUCCAGUGUGGGUUCUUUUCAAGAAUAUUCCACCAGAACUAUGGUCUUUCGUCGGGUUCAGUACUAUAGCUUUUGGCGUUGGGCUCCCGGUUCACUCAGAGUUCCCAAAAAUUACCCCUUAUUCCAAUGGAAUUACUAAGCUUAAGAUAGUUAUUGACCUCUACAAGGAGCGGUCUCCCUUCGUGCGAGUAACGGAUAGAUUGGGAGCUUCCGUUUUAGUGGAGGCUUUUUAUCCGAAGCUUCCUCCGAGAUGUAGUCGAUGCAAGGAGUUUGGACAUUUGCAACUGAGAUGUCCGGAACCCUUUUCUCCGCCGGUUAAUGGUCCUCCUAGUCCAGUGAAACCGGUUAAUCUCACUUCUCCGACUCCUUCCGUUAAUCCAAGAAGCCACCGUCAGAGUAGCUCACCAUCUCCAGCUCCUCAGGGUCGCUCUACAAGUCUGCCUUCAUCUCCUAGUGUCUCGAGGGCAGCGUCUAAUUCUUUCGACUCUGUUACUUUCGUCCGUCGGGAUCCGAUUCUUCCUGUUCUAGACUUAAAGGGAGCUACACUCUCUCCUCCAAAGCCAGUUACUACAGCCCAGUUUGAGGAAGAGGAAGAGCUCAUUAAGACAGCUCAAGAGGUUUUACGAGCUCGUCCUGUGGUAGUAGAUGAUCAUGAUCCACCCUAUCAGUUAGUGGUUUCGAAGAAAGAACGGAAGAAACAGAGACAAAAGCUCCUAUCCUUGUCACUCUCAAACUCUCAACCAGAGGAGGGUUCCUCUCGUCCAGCAGCUUCUGUUCAUAGUCGGUUGGUAUUUGGUACAUUGGAUCAGGCAGCCUUGGGGCCUGCUCCGACUGCUUUAACCUAA